AUGGCCCGAUGGCAGAUUCUGCUCUCCGAAUUUGAUAUAGUCUAUGUAAACCAAAAAGCUGUGAAGGGGAGUGCAAUAGCAGACUUCCUAGCCAGUAGAGCUUUGGAGGACUAUGAACCUUUGAAUUUUAGUUUCCCCAAUGAAGAUCUAAUGUAUGUAGCAAUUACUGAAGGAGACAUGUCUGAAGAUCAUUCUUGGAAAUUAAAUUUUGACGGAGCAUCAAAUGCCGUUGGAAAUGGAGUUGGGGCAGCAGCUAUAAACCGCGAAAUCAAAGUAUUAGAAGUGUAUGGAGAUUCUGCAUUGGUAAUUUAUCAGCUUAAAGGCGAGUGGGAAACGAGAGAUCCCAAAUUGAUCAGUUACCGAAAGUUAAUCCUGGAGUUAAUUGAAGAGUUUGAUGAUAUUACCUUUCAUUACCUCCCACGAGACGAGAAUCAGAUGGCUGACACCUUGGCUAUACUGGCUUCCAUGAUCAAAGAAAAUGAACAGGAGGAUAUGAAGCCAAUUCAAAUGAGUAUCUGUGAGGCUCUGGCUCACUGCUGUAAUGUCGAUAAAGAGGAAGAGAGAGAUGAUCAUCAUUGGUAUCAUGAUAUCUUACAAUAUGUGAAGAGCUAUGCGUACCCAGAUCAAGCAACUGAAAAUGAUAAAAGAACAUUGAGAAGGUUAGCCAGUGACUAUGUCUUGGACGGUGAGGUCCUAUAUAAGAAAAGAAAGGAUCAGGUGUUGCUAAGAUGUGUUGACGCUGUUGAGGCAAAGAAAAUUCUAGAGGAAUUCCAUGAUGGCGUUUGUGGGACACAUGCCAAUGGAGAUUGCAUCAAUUACGCUAAGAAGUGCCAUAAGUGUCAAAUUUAUAGAGACAAGAUCCAUGUGCCUCCUUCACCCCUCCAUGUUAUGACUUCCCCAUGGCCAUUCUCAAUGUGGGGUAUGGACAUCAUUGGGCCGAUUUCGCCAAAGGCUUCCAACGGACAUCGAUUCAUUCUUGUGGUCAUUGACUACUUUACCAAAUGGAUGGAGGCUGCUUCGUACGCCAAUGUCACAAAGUCGGCAGUCAGCAAGUUCCUGAAGAAGGAGAUCGUAUGUCGUUAUGGUAUGUCAGAAAGAAUCGUAUCUGACAACGCAUUAAAUCUGAACAAUAGCGCAAUAGCAGAAGUUUGCAUUUUACCUAUUGAGGUCGAAAUCCCUUCUCUCCGAGUUUUAUCAGAGUUGAAGUUAGACGAAGCAGAAUGGAUCCAAUCUCGUUACGAUCAACUAAACUUGAUUGAAGAAAGGAGGCUGAACGCUAUUCGUCAUGGUCAAAUGUACCAGAGGAGAAUGAUGCGAGCCUACAACAAAAAAGUUCGCCCUAGGGUGUUCCAUGAAGGGGACUUAGUAUUGAAAAAGAUUCUCCUUAUGCAAAAAGAUUUCAGGGGGAAAUAG